AUGGCGUCUGAUCUGAAGGAAAAGGCGAAGGAGGCUUUCGUCGACGACAACUUCGAGCUUGCCGUCGAGCUUUACACACAGGCUCUCGAUAUGGACCCGAGGAAUGCUGAUUUGUUCGCCGACCGCGCACAGGCCAACUUGAAGCUCAAUAAUUUUACCGGUAAUGGUUUCGCCAACCGUUGGUUGGAUUCUUGAACUUUGAAGUUUCCCUCCUCGUUUCCGUUCUAGGUUUCCCUAGCCGUUCUAGGUUUUUAUCUUUCCCUCCGUCCCUCGAGUUUGCCUGUUUGCCAUCGUUACCUUGGGAGGCUGUCGUUUAAGAACUCCAGGUUUUGAAGUUGAUGUAUUUACUCCUGACACUCGCUCUGGGCCUGUCGUUUCCUUUAUAAUUCCUGACGGACAUUGUGUUGACCAUGUUCGUGUUUUCUCGCGUCAGAUCAUUCGAAUAGGGAAACAUUGUUCUCAAGAGCAAUGCCAUAUCUUAAGUCUUUCUCUGUCCUAUGUAUUCAUCCACAGCAUGAAGAUAAUUAUUGAAUAUUCUUUAGUUUACCUCCUCUCAGUAGAGCCAAUAGAUUCACGUGUUUCAAGAAUCUCUUCUGGAUAUUGCACCCAGGCCAGAUGGCAAACAUUCUUGCAGGUAGACUAACGACUUUUGAUUUCGUGAAUUCUGCAGAGGCAGUCGCUGACGCAAGUAGAGCAAUCGAGUUGGAUCCUUCAAUAUCAAAGGCAUAUCUGCGCAAGGGGUCAGAUUUAUAAUUACAAUGCCUAUGAAUCCUUGUUACAAUGACUGGUACUGAAACCUAUGAAAUCAAGUGGGAGAUCGCUCAUCCCAUUAUUGAUACUGCUUGAGGCAUGCUCCCUCCAAAGAUAUAAGGCCCAAAAAAUUGAUGAUCUGCGUUCUUUUUCUCACGAAGUACCGUUACGAUCUUGCAAUGAACCCAUCACCCCACCUGCUUGUACUCGGUCUACUCUGCUCGUUCUUAUCAGUUCAGAAGGCCUAAAACCUCGUCAGUAGCCAUCUCCCCUACCCUCCCCAGCACACACACACACAUACACGAAUUUAUUCACGAAAAGAUAUAUGAUCUGAUUCCGCUAGUUUAUACUCUGUUGUCUGGAUGCUGAAGCGGAAAAUGUUCUAGUAUUCCAUCCAUUGAUUUCACAUAAUUAGUUUCAAAAUACUGGCAAAGAAGUUAGGACCUAUACAAUGCAGGUUUUUUGACACGAAAGUGGCGAUAUCAGUGGGUUAGCAAAAUAGUUCUAAUUAUAAAACGAAUUGAGGGAAUGACACACUGAUAAUUUGGCCUAAGUGUUAAACACAUGGAGAGCUUGGAAUUACCAAAUACGGUAAUUUGGCAUUGAUAAUUGAGUACCAGUGUGAAUUCCGAGCCGUUUCUGAGGGAUUAUUGCUAGAAAUAAUGAAAAAAAUUGUAUUAUAUAAUAAUGAUGAUGAAGUGCUAGACCUACAGAUAUCAAUGACGCUUUGAAGAUAUCUUACGAGAUCUAGAUACUCUAGCAGUCUGUUCAGAUAUUUGUUUGGGUAGCGAGCUACUUUGGAAGGACUGUGAUGCAUGACAUCUACUGUCAAGAAACGAUUUCAAUUUGUUUUCAAAGAUCAUGUUUACUUGGACUUUGAUGAUGAAAUAGUGCCAGAGUAUGGUUGAGAUUCAGGAGGAAGCUCGGGGAUGAGGUUAUUCAACAAUUAGAUGUUCUUUUAGGUUUUCAUCCAGAAUGGUCCAUAGUGAGGCAUGAGGUAGAUAUGUAGGAUUGGGGAUGAGGAAAACGAUGAAUGUUCAGUCAAUUCAGCCCAUUGCAUUUGUCAGAUGUAGGCAUCGAACACCGUGUUGCUUGUUGGAUUCGGAAGUCCUUUUCCUUUAGAAAUGAAUACUUUCUGUGGUGCAUUUCUCACGUGAAACUUUGUUUGGGGUAGUUUAUGGAUAAUCGACAUCAUUUACCUUUUUUCUGGGCGAAGGGGGGGAAUGAAGGAGAAAUUUCCGAACACUUGUUCUUUGGAUGUUUAUCCUCGUCGGUGAUUUGUGAUUUGAUAGUUAUACUACUUACACGGUGGUAACACACAUCAGAUUGAUGAGCUUUAGUUAAGUUGGUACUGACAUUAUCUGAUGGUUCAUUCUGUAUGCAAUGCUAUAGCCUACUAGGCCCGAGAAAAGGACUUUGCUGCAGUUUUUUAGUUUUUCAUUUGAAUGUUGGAACGAAGUAAAAGCGUGUGGAACAUUUGUUUCCGAGAAAAAGUUGGCAACAUAGAUUUCAGUUGGCAACAUUUGCAAUCAUCUAACGGACUUUUUUUAACCAACUCUUCUGCAGUGGUGAUGCUGAUUUUCACCACCUAUUUUUCUUUGUUGCUUUCGCUCUGGUUGAUUUCCGACGAUAAUCCUAGUUUGCUUGCUUGACAUAUAUGAUGGAUUUGGGUUUCCUUUUGUUUGUGUUUUUUCUUUGUUGAUUUUUUUUUUUGGGGUGGGUUUGGACACGACUGGACCCCACUUUAAUACCAUGCCAGAUGGAAAAAAAAAAAAGAAAUUAAAGUCAAUCUCUCCUCUACAUGCUCGGGGGGGGGGCUGAGGAUGAGCUAGUGUGAUGGGCCUCCUGAACCAAGAAUUCAAAAGACUUUUUGUACAGCAGCAAUAAUGAAUCUUGUUCGAUCUUCUGAAGGAUACCACAUAUUUAUGCUAAAUAUUGCCUUUCCCCUACAUAUUUCAAAUUUUUUAUAUACUAUAUUGAACAUAUCUUACUAGCAGAAGCGUUUUUUGCAAUCUUUCUAGCGAAAAUACAGGUUACCCCUGGAGCAUUUAUCAUUUGUUGUACUUUUUCCAUUUUUAUGUCUUCCCCUCAUGUUACAUUUCAUAAUAGGUUUAUGUCAUACACCUAGCGUAGUAUCCAUUAUUCAUUGUUAGUUCUCUUCCCAGUCCCCCAUCCCUCGGUCAUCCAGCCAUCUUUCCACUUUAUUAUGAACGAAUAUGAUGAAGUGGUUAAAUUGACGUUAUCGUACUAUUCUGUGACACUUCAUUAUACUAUCUGUUCAGGUUCUUGUGUUUGUCUCAGCGUUAUCAGGCUGCGCAUUCCUUUGUAUCUGGGGUUAAUCGACUUUAAUUUAACAUUCCCACUCUCAUGAAUCAAAAACCCUAGAAUGUUAUACGCCAUCUUAUAAUGUUGUUCGGCAUGACUGUUUGCACUUCCACUUGCAAUAAAAAAUGAAAUGAAAUCGUUCUCUUUGGCAGCACUGCUUGUAUAAAACUUGAAGAAUUCCAGACCGCAAAAGCAGCACUUGAAGCCGGUGCUUCUUUGGUGCCUGGGGAUUCAAGGUUCUCCAAAUUGAUCAGAGAAUGUGAUGAGCUGAUUGCAGGUACGUUCUCAAUCUCUUUUGCAUCCCUAGACAUGGAGAUCAGAACCUCAGAUCUUCAAGCUUUUUUUUUAUGCACAUUUUGUGAUAAAGUUGUCGAGAUUUCUGAAAUCCUUGUAAAUUGUAGCACACUUACUGUUUGUCGAGCUCCUUGUUACCUUUUUAAGCACACUUACUGUUUGUCUUUUCACAGAGGAGAACAGAACUGCUGUAGUCCCAAAAGUAAUGAGCAUACCCUCUAGCAGUGUAUCUCCUCUGCCAGACAGAGUUACGAAUAGUCCAAACGAUCUUGAGCCUUUGCCAGUUGCAACACCAAGUGCGCCAAAGUAUAGGUAUUGUCUAGACUUCUGCAGGCUCAUUACUUAUCUGGAAAAUAUUAAAAUGAGUAAACCUUUUCUUGUGGGUAUUGAUAUGCUCCUUCUAAAUGUCUACGAACUGGUAUCACGAUCCUUUUUGAGUAGCUAUUCUCCUUGCCUAGCAUGUAUGUUGAAAAAAAAUUCCUGUCACCAUGAUUUCUAUUUUCCUUAUUUAAAUUUCCCAACUUAUUCGAGGCCCAUACUGAUUUUUACUGUCUCAUUGCGUCUAGUCCUUUGUGUAAUCUCUGUGCAGUGAAAUGUGCAUACAUGAUCCGUCUACACUUGUGUUGUUAACCUAUGUUAAUAGGGAGGGGGGGGAAGGGGGACGAAGAGGGAGGGAGGGAGGGAGGGAGAGAGAGAGAUAGAGAGAGAGAGGGAGAGUGAGGCACCCGAGAUGUAAUUACUAAUGAUUUCACUUCUUUCUCCUCGCUCAUCAUAUCACACACAUUCCAACAAGUGAUUUCUUAUGUGUAGACUUGAACUGAAUACUUCAGGUAUUUCCUUACUUAAAUACUUUCUUCGAUGGUAAAUUGAUUAAGAAAUGAAACCGUGAGUCGCUAAAGAUUCUACCAUUUUGUUUGUUGUGAUUACUCUGGAUAAUCCAGGCAUGACCACUAUAAUACGCCAACCGAAGUGGUGUUGACCAUAUUUGCAAAAGGCAUUCCUUCCGAAAAUGUCCAUGUUGACUUCGGUGAACAAAUUGUAUGUUACUUAAUCCUAUUUUUCUUUGUUUAUACUCCGAAUUUCCUCUUUCAGAAACAUGAAUUGCACGGAAUACUGAUGGCUCUAGCGUAUUUUCCAGUUGAGUGUCUCAAUUGAUGUCUCGAAUGAGGAAUCAUAUCAUUUUCAGCCACGGUUGUUCAGUAAGGUACCGUUCUCUAUUUUUAUCAUACAAAUUUGUGCCGCUGAUCCCAGCUUGUGUUACUCACUAACCGAGAUUUUUCUCUCCUUCUCUCUCGAUGUUAUUGGAUAAAACAGAUAGUUCCUGAUAAAUGCAGAUACGCUGUACUAUCUUCCAAGAUAGAAAUUCGCCUUUUCAAAGCUGAUCCUAUCUCAUGGACGUCUCUGGAAUUCAGGAAGGAUAAUGUGGUUCCACAAAAGAUCAAUGCACCGUCUGGUAACUCAUCAUAAUUUCCUUUAUAAAAAAUAAUGCUUUCGUUGCCAGUAGCUAGUUUCUUGUCCUGUUCAACAUGUCUCUUUCUCUUUUUCUUUGUUUUUAAUGCUUGUCUAUGAACCUUCUGUUGUGCUGACCUUCCUCCGCUGCCCUCACUUCUUCAUAAGCUGUAUGAUCUUACAGAAAAAAAUAUAUCAAAUUUGAAAUUUCAAUCUGGUCGUAGUUCCGAAUUCUAGAUCUUGGACCAACUGCGCUCUAGUCUCGAUGUGGGUUUGCAAUAAUCUGCCAUUCAAUGACUUCUCUGCACUAGUCGUUUGAUCUUGCGAAAAAUUAAAUCAAAAUUCCAGCUGUUAGUAAAAGUUAAUUCCAUCUGCUAGAUAUCGAAUCAACAGCCUUUUGGUCUCAAUGUGUUUUUGGAAUGAAUCAUUCAAACUGGAUAUGGGCAAUUGCUGAACUCCAAGAACUGUGAUAGAAUGUUUAGUCCAGCGAAAGGCCUCAUAACACAAGGAAAUCAGGCUGAUAUGUCUCAUAAUAUCAGCCCAGCCAGUGGUUCUUGGGACCUCGCUUAUCUAUAUAACACCUGAACUUUGGUCGGAUUAACUGCGUUAUCGUGUUGAUGAUCCAUAUCAGAAACUCCUGGCCUGAAUUUUUGCCAGAUUGUUCUAAGUCAUGGUCAUUAAGUAGCUAAAUGUCCACCGGUGCUUGCCCACUUCUGGAGAUGGGUAAAUACUUGGUUUUGCGAGUGGGUCUGGGACGUUGACUUCUCUCCCUGUUUUGUCUUCUAUGGGAGCUUCAGUUUCAGAGAGACCCACCUACCCAUCCUCAAAGUCAAAGAUUGACUGGGAUAAACUGGAGGCUGAGGUGAAGAAAGAGGUCAGCGGCAUUUGCUUAGGUCAAAAAAAAACAUCAGAACAACCCCUUCUCAUGGCCCCUUCUGACGUGUACUCUCAUCCAUCGCAGGAGAAAGAGGAGAAGCUGGAGGGUGACGCCGCCCUGAACAAGCUCUUCCGCGACCUGUACCAAGACGCCGACGAAGACACGAGACGGGCCAUGAAGAAAUCCUUUGUACGGCCCCUGCACCCCCAUCCCUCGUCUGCUUCAGCGUCAUUUUAGUCUUAUCUGGCUCCUCUGUUUGAUGCCAGGUGGAAUCCAACGGGACGGUGCUCUCCACGAACUGGAAGGAAGUAGGCUCAAAGAAGGUCGAGGGAAGCCCUCCCCAGGGUAUGGAGAUGAGGAAAUGGGAAACUUGA